AGGAGAAGCAGCAGCAGAUGAUGGAGGAACCUUCAGACAGUCAGGAGUUUGAAGAGCUCUGGUUCCACAACUUAGUUGAAGUGGACGACAGUUCAUGGAAAAGCAGCAGGUUUAUCCCGGAGGAUCUGCAGAGUGUACCGUACGAGGCUCUGCUGGGUGACUACCUGCAGCCUCAGCCCUCGUCCUCUCCUCCGUCCUCCUCCACCGUCCCCGUCUCCUCAGAUUACCCCGGGGACCAUGACUUCACCCUGCACUUCCAGGAGUCCAGCACCGCCAAAUCUGUCACCUGCACCUACUCUCCGGAGUUGAAUAAGCUGUACUGUCAGUUAGCGAAGACGUGCCCGGUCCUGAUCGCGGUGGGCACCUCCCCGCCGCCUGGUGCCUUACUGAGAGCUACAGCCAUCUAUAAGAAAUCAGAGCACGUGGCUGAGGUGGUGCGGUGCUGUCCUCACCACGAGAGGAGCAACGACAGCAGUGAAGGUCCAGCUCCUCCGGGUCACCUGCUGCGUGUGGAGGGAAAUACUCGAGCUGUUUAUCAGGAGGAUGCGAUCACGUUCAGACACAGUGUGGUGGUGCCGUACGAACCCCCACAGGUGGGGUCGGAGUGUAUCACUGUGCUCUAUAACUACAUGUGUAACAGCAGCUGUAUGGGAGGAAUGAGCCGUCGUCCCAUCCUCACCAUCAUCGCCCUGGAGACACACGAUGGUCACUUGCUGGGACGGCGUUCCUUUGAGGUGCGGGUGUGUGCUUGUCCUGGUCGAGACCGGAAGACUGAGGAAAACAACUACAGAAAGCAGCAGGAGGCCAAAACAUCAGGGGACAAAACCCUCAGCAAGCGCAGCAUUAAAGAUUCGAGCUCUCGUCCCGACAGCAGCAAGAAAUCCAAACACAACAACAGUGACGAGGAGCUCUACACACUACAGGUGCGCGGUAAGGAGCGGUAUGAGUUUCUGAAGAAGAUUAAUGACGGUCUGGAGCUCAGUGAUAUGGUGCCCCCUGCUGACGCGGAGAAAUACCGCCAAAAAUUUCUCUCUAAGAGCUCCAGGAAGGAGAAGGACGGCGCCGCUCCGGAGCCCAAACGUGGUAAGAAGCGGCUGCUGAAGGAGGAGAAGAGCGACUCGGACUGAGCGGUGAAGAGAAGCGACACGCUAAUCAUCUUAUCUCUCUGUUUAAAACUGUUCUGUUCUGCUUCACCCGUUAGCCUCCAGAUCAGCAGUUAGCAUCUGGCUACAGGUUCUUUAGCUUUAUAGCUCUAGUCGUUCAGCGUUGUGUAACCACGAGAGGAAUCAUCACACCGUCUCCUGAAACCCCGACACGCCCAGAUUCACCUUCAUCAGGAACCAAUAAACCCACCAGUUUAUAUACCAGCAUCAGUUUUAGCAUCAGACUUUCAUCAGUGAGCUAACGCUACAAGCUAAAUCCUGUCUAAACCCUGAAAUCUCUCAUUGACAAAAGUAUUCACACCCCUCAGUUAAUACUGUGCAGACGCCCCCCUGUGGCAGCAGUUAGAGCUGCAGGUCCUGCACCUGGAUUUAGGCAGUUUAUCCCAUUAUUCAUGGUAGAUCCUCUCAGGCUCUGCCAGUUUGUUGGUGAGCGUCUUCAGGGGUCUCCACAGAUGUACGAUGGGGUUUAAGUCUGGGCUGGGACGCGUCCCCCUCCCUGAGACUUCUCCAGUGUUGUUUUGGCUGUAUGCUUCAGGUCAUUGUUGUGUUGAAAGGUGAACUUUCCAAACACCCCAUGGCAUGAUGCUACCACCACCAUGUUUCACUGUACUGCAGUGCUGUUCUGCCCAGAGAGUUUAAUUUAUAUCUCAUCAGACCGGAGAACCUCGUUCUUCACAUUCCUGCCACGUGCUACUGUGCCGUAAAGUCCUGCAGUCAUGGUUCUCCAUCCAACAGGUUCUUCAGAUCUACUCAGAUCUUCUGGGUUCCUCUCUUUCCUCCCUGACCAUGGAAGGUUCAGGGGUGUGCAGAGCCUCCUCUAGUUCAGAAUGAUUGAAUCCUCAGUAAACACUGAGUUGAGAUGAGUGGGUUCUUCUCGGUGUUUGAGGUGAAUGUGUGAUGAUUCCUUCACUCUGUUAUCAGACGGGUCAGUGCUGGUCACUCCUGCUCUCACAUCUCAUCAGAUCAGGUCUGCACCGAUGAUCAGAACCUCAGUGUGAUGGAUCAGUGAUCGUCUGUACAAUCACAUCAUGGAUCCACCUGUAUCAGAUCCCUAUAACCCGACUCUAAUCAGACUCUGUAUGGGUGUUAAUAUCAACACAGCGAUAUAUUUUAUAAGUAUCACAAUAUUACUGAGUAUCGUUCCUGAUGAAAAUGCACAAGUACAAAACCUCCGACUCUGAAUCAUCAGAGCAAAGAAACUAAAACUCUGAUAAACUGUGGGUUCGUUUCAGAAGCUGAUCCACAAUUCUAAUCAUAUUAUUAUUAUUAUAUUAUAUUUUAUAGUCGAUUAAUAAUACAAAGACAAAAAUAACAGAAUAAAACGGUUACACUGAACAUCACACAGUAAAUUAUUAUACAUCGUUUACUGUUUAACAUCAAUCACUGACUGUAAUUACUCAGCGUUCUAUGAUUCCAUCCACCAUCCCGACCCCCCACCACCACUGAAACACGACCCCAGUGCUAUCGCCUGGCCGGGCGCUGAACAGACACAGUUGUUUGUGCCUGUGGGAGGGAGGGAUGGAUGGUGAAUGCCUCAGCAGCAGUGCUCCGUGCUGUUUGCUCGAGGUGUUGGUGAGUGGUGUAAGAAUAUGAAGAGUUCAGCGUGUUCCUCUGUAUGUUCUGUUAGAAUUUGUCUGCGCCCGGUGAGGAGGAACAGUGAACAGGACCGUAGAUAAAAAGCUGCGAUAAAUAAAACUAUAUCUCUAUAUAAUUAAUAGAUAUUGACAGAAUUAUUGAUAUUAUUGAUAAUGAAGCUGCUGUUUGCUGAUUAAUUGGUUGAUUAGUGACGCGCCUACAUGUGAAAUGUAAAGAAAAGCUCAAACGUUUACGGUUUAUCACACUGAUAAUCUUUAGAUUCUGAAGUUCAGCUGCUGAGAUGCACAGAUUCAUAAAUCAGAACCCAGUAACUUAGAAAUAAAUAAAUUAUUAGUUUAUCAUUUAAUUUAGUUACUGAAACUUCACAUUAAACAUCAGAGCAGCUAUAAAAGCUUAAACAGUAAAUAAAAGAAUCCUGCAGAUUAAACUGAGUUCUGAGCUGAACUGAGUCGGUUAUAAAUCUGUGGGUUUGAAGGUCGCGGUUAUUAACAGGACUGAUGAUGAAGGUCGACGCCCACGUUCCUAACACGUGCAUUUUCAUCAGACCGGCGUUAUAAUGUAAACAAACGUUUCUAUAAAUCGUGAUCUACUGUAGGUCUGAUUAUCGGUUCAUGUUUAAUAUAAAACUAAUAAAACACACCGAGCAAACGAAUCAUCAUUCAUGUAAAGAAACGAGCCCCAAAUCUGAACGCCAGGUCAGAAAUCCCCCGAGCGUCCUCCAUCACGUUUCCAUCGCAGGUUUCUGACGUGUUUCAUGGUGCAUGAAAUUAAAGCUCUCAGGACGCCUGAUAAUCUUGAUUUAUCAUUUUUCUACUUUAUUUUUUAUACAUUUAUAUCUUAUCUUUUGUAAUCACGGCUGCUUUUGUGUACUCGGCUGUAUUUAGACGGCAGUAGUUUUGUAGGUUCUCUCUGUUCUUUUUUCAAGAAAAAUUUAAAACAAAAUAAAAUUGUUCUCACGUUUUCUUACAAAA